UUUUUUCCUUAUAUAAAAACUUGGGUUUCUAUACUCUAUUCUUUGGUCUUUGUUAUAAGCGACAAUACCAAAAUGGCGAACAACCAGAGCAUCAAAAGUGUGUCAAGUUGUUAUGUUUUCAAAAGCCGAUUGCAAGAGUAUGCCCAGAAAGUUGGACUUCCUACCCCUGUUUAUGAGACUAUCAAGGAAGGCCCUUCUCAUGAGCCUACAUUUACGUCAACGGUGAUUGUAAACAAUGAUAGAUAUGAUUCUCUACCUGGAUUUUACAAUCGCAAGGCAGCGGAGCAAUCAGCUGCUGAAGUUGCACUCAUGAACCUUGGAAACUCUGGGUCAAUGGAAAACCUUUCUCAGCCAGUGCAUGAAACAGGCUUGUGCAAAAAUUUGUUGCAAGAGUAUGCUCAGAAGAUGAAUUUUGCAAUUCCACAGUAUGAAUGCCAGAGGUAUGACUCAGAAAGCAAAAUGAUAACAUUUUCAUGUACUGUUGACGUAGGGGGAAUGAAAUAUAUUGGAGCGGCAGCUAGAACAAAGAAGGAAGCAGAGAUCAAAGCUGCUCGAACUGCAUUGUUGGCUGUUCAGUCUAAUGGUUUGGCGCCUAACUAUUCUUCAUACACUGUCGUUCCAAUGAAGAAGGUCACAGAGUUGGCAAUCAGCAACCAGGAGAGUGCAGCAGCUCUGAAACCAAAGAAAUCCAAAUUCAAGAAAAAGCAGAAGAAGAAUGUUUCAGAUGCUAGUAAUAAGGUAUGCACGAAGAACAUUGGUGACUCGGAAGUUCAGAUGGUAAAUCAAGCAAAACCAGAGAUGCAUGAAAAUGCUGCUGUUAUGACUCAAGGUACAGGAUCUGGACCUGCACUUUUUGCAGGCACUAUGGGUGAUCUAGUUUCAUCCAACAAUUGGAAUUCUGAUUAUGGAACUUCAAAUCUUGGAAUCAACUCUCAGUGUGGUGGAGGAGUUACGGCCGAGGGGAAUGCCAUUAUUGGAGUUGGGAAGGUAACUUCUGAGGUAACACCGGUUGCUUGGAGCGACAACCUUCACGUGCUAUAGAUGCAGAUCAAGACCGAAGUACAAACAUGGAGGCAUAAAUAUGUUAACAUGUUUGUUUUGCAGGAUUAGCUAUUAUAUCAGAUGGUGGGUACAAGAACAGUUAGAUUAUAGAGAAUACAUAGGUCGCUCAAAAAAAUUCGCGAGUUGGUUAAUCUUUUCAUUUGAACAUCCAGAUUGAAAGGAUUGUUGAUGGCGUGCUUUCGCCAUAGUGUUAUAGCUUUUAUAGUUACUAGUACAUGCCAAAUGUGUGAUGUAGUUGGCACAGUCACAGGUGCAUGAAUCAGUCUACACAUUGUUUGGUUUACUUCAUUUGCUUGAACAUUUGAUAUGCUAUUUGAUGAGGUAACCUGUUUUAUGACAA